ACAUUAUUAUUCCGAAACGACCCCGCUUAUUUCUGUAUAUUACACCAACUUCCCUACAUGUUUCCCUCAAAUCUAAUACGACGUCGCAAAAUUUUCAAUUCAGGUUUGCAGCAAGCUCGAACUUCAGCAAACAACGAUCAAGCUCCUCUAUGGCCUCUCUCUUCCAAAAAUUUCAAGAGGCUGUUAAAGUUCUUGCAAAAAGCCCCACAUUUGCUAAAGAUCCAAGGCAUCUUCAGUUUGAAGCUGAUAUAAACCGUCUCUUCCUUUACUCUAGUUACAAUCGUUUGGGAAAGGAUGCCGUUGAAGCUGAUGCUGAGGAGAUUAUUGACAUGGCUGGCAAGGCCUCCUUAGCUGAUCAACAGAAGCAGGUCCAAGACAAUGUGCAUAACCAGAUUACAAACUUUUGCAAGCAUAUGGAUCACAUAUUACUCCCUGAUCUUAAUGUCAAGGACAAGCAGGACACAUCAUCUUCCGAAAAUAGUCCUUCUCCCCAUCGCAGUGGGCUCGGCCUUGCUAUUGGUAGGACUGCUCCAUUAAAGGACCACAUCGCUAUACCUGAAACCAAGCCAUUGACACGCAUAGAGGUUUCACAGAGUUUAAAGGAUCUUAUGGGCUACACUUUGGAGGUCAAACCGUCUCAAAUUCCACAUGAGGAUGCUGGGCAAGGUUUAUUCUUACAUGGUGAAGCUGAUGUUGGUGCUGUGCUAGCAUUCUAUCCUGGUGUAAUCUACUCCCCUGCAUAUUACCGCUAUAUUCCUGGAUAUCCAAGAGUUGAUGCCCAAAAUUCGUAUUUGAUCACACGGUAUGAUGGAACUGUGAUAAAUGCGCAGCCCUGGGGCGCCGGUGGUGAAUCUCGGGAAAUAUGGAAUGGUUCAUCCCUUGCUGAACCUAAGCACAACAUGCAAGUUGAUGAAAAGGGUUCUGAGCGAAUUUGGAGAAUGCUCAGUAAACCAUUGGAUGGAACACGUCUAGGUGGCAACCAUGAAGUUUUGGAAAGGAGAAACCCUCUAGCCUUUGCUCACUUUGCCAACCACCCAGCCAAGGACAUGGUCCCCAAUGUUAUGAUAUGCCCUUAUGACUUUCCCCUCCCAGAGAAACACAUGAGGUCCUAUAUACCAAAUAUUUCGUUCGGAAAUGGUGAAGAAGCAAUGAAAAGGUUUGGCACAUUUUGGUUCAAAUGGAAGUCCGGCAAGAAUGGAUCGGAUGUCCCUGUUCUAAAGACGCUUGUUCUUGUGGCAACUAGAGCAAUUUGUAAUGAAGAGAUUCUCCUGAACUACAGAUUGAGCAACUCAAAGCGAAGACCAUCAUGGUACACUCCAGUGGAUGAGGAAGAAGAUCGAAGGAGGUGGAGCUAAGAUGACAAUGAUGAAUGGUGCAUGUUGAAGUGUACCAAUCAUGAAAGCAAAUGCUUUUGUAUACACGAAGCCGAGAAGGCAGUGAGGAUAUUUAUUUUGGUGACUCCCGGUUCCCUUUUAGUUUUCCAUCUUUUUGAAAGGUUUGCUUGUAUAACCUGUUCAGAAAAUAUUCUGAGUUGGACAACAUAGUUAUUGUGCUUUGCACUAACGGUGAAUACUUAUUUUUACAUGAGUUACAAAAUAAACGUAAAAGGAAUCCAUCAUUCUGAUUGCUUAUGAAAGUUACGCGCCUUCA